CGCAUCCCUCGCAUCCCCGCCCCCGGCCCCGCCCGCCGGUACCGCAAUGCCGUACUGCAGGGGCGCAGUGCAUUGCGCUCACUCCGUCAAUAGGUGGACCCCCUCCUGGAGAGAUAAAACCGCCGGCUCCAGCACCGCCAGUCCCUCUGGCUGAGACCUCGGCUCUGGAAUCAGUGCUCACCAUCCCCCUCGUCCUGAGCCAGAGCACCCCAGGCCGUGCCAGCUCCCCCCCAUACCCCGGGCAGAAUGGGCAAGGAGAAGACCCACAUCAACAUCGUGGUCAUAGGCCACGUGGACUCGGGCAAAUCCACCACAACAGGCCACCUCAUCUACAAAUGUGGGGGCAUCGACAAGAGGACCAUUGAGAAGUUCGAGAAGGAGGCGGCUGAGAUGGGGAAGGGCUCCUUCAAGUACGCCUGGGUGCUGGAUAAGCUGAAGGCAGAGCGGGAGCGUGGCAUCACCAUCGACAUCUCCCUCUGGAAGUUCGAGACCACCAAGUACUACAUCACCAUCAUCGAUGCCCCGGGCCAUCGCGACUUCAUCAAGAACAUGAUCACCGGCACCUCCCAGGCGGACUGCGCGGUGCUGAUCGUGGCGGCAGGAGUGGGCGAGUUCGAGGCGGGCAUCUCCAAGAACGGACAGACUCGGGAGCACGCACUGUUGGCCUACACGCUGGGUGUGAAGCAGCUCAUCGUGGGGGUCAACAAGAUGGACUCCACGGAGCCUGCCUACAGCGAGAAGCGCUACGACGAGAUCGUGAAGGAGGUCAGCGCCUACAUCAAGAAGAUCGGCUACAACCCCGCCACUGUGCCCUUCGUGCCCAUCUCAGGCUGGCAUGGCGACAACAUGCUGGAGCCCUCGCCCAACAUGCCGUGGUUCAAGGGCUGGAAAGUGGAGCGUAAGGAGGGGAACGCCAGCGGCGUGUCCCUGCUGGAGGCCCUGGACACGAUCCUGCCCCCCACACGCCCCACGGACAAGCCCCUGCGUCUGCCGCUGCAGGACGUGUACAAGAUUGGCGGCAUUGGCACCGUUCCUGUGGGCCGUGUGGAGACAGGCAUCCUUCGGCCGGGCAUGGUAGUGACCUUUGCGCCCGUGAACAUCACCACGGAGGUGAAGUCGGUGGAGAUGCACCACGAGGCGCUGAGCGAGGCGCUGCCCGGAGACAACGUCGGCUUCAACGUGAAGAACGUGUCGGUCAAGGACAUCCGCCGCGGCAACGUGUGCGGGGACAGCAAAUCUGACCCGCCCCAGGAGGCCGCCCAGUUCACCUCCCAGGUCAUCAUUCUGAAUCACCCCGGGCAGAUCAGCGCCGGCUACUCCCCGGUCAUUGACUGCCACACAGCCCACAUCGCCUGCAAGUUCGCCGAGCUGAAAGAGAAGAUUGACCGGCGCUCCGGCAAGAAGCUUGAGGACAACCCCAAGUCCCUGAAGUCUGGCGACGCAGCCAUUGUGGAGAUGGUCCCGGGGAAGCCCAUGUGUGUGGAGAGCUUCUCCCAGUACCCACCUCUCGGCCGCUUCGCCGUGCGCGACAUGCGGCAGACGGUGGCCGUGGGCGUCAUCAAGAACGUGGAGAAGAAGAGCGGCGGCGCCGGCAAGGUCACCAAGUCUGCGCAGAAGGCGCAGAAAGCGGGCAAGUGAAGCGCGGGCGCCCGCGGCGCGACCCUCCCCGGCGGCGCCGCGUCCCGCCCCCGGCCCCGCCCCCGGCCCCGCCCCGGAGCCCCGCCCGCCCGCCAGGCGCAUGUCUGCACCUCCGCUUGCAAGAGGCUCUCGGUCAGCGACUGGAUGCUCGCCAUCAAGGUCCAGUGGAAGUUCUUUAAGAGGAAAAGCGCCCCCACCGCCCCGGCUUCCGCGUCCAGCCUUCGACACGCUCAGUGCCUGUUUUACCAAUAAACUGAGCGAUCCCACAGCCGUGUGCCUCUGCUGCUGGGUGGUGGGUGCUGCCGCCCUGCUGGGAUGGGUAAUCUCGUUAGGACCCUCUCUCCGGCCCCCCAACACAUCCCUAGGCCCUGCGCUCUCUGAAAGCCCCUUCCCGCUCGGGUGUCCUGCCCUGCAUUCAUCACCCCUGCGGAUGACCUGGCCAGGUGUCCUCCUGCGCUACCCAGGGUGGGUGGUGGGACCCCCGGCUGUGGCCCCGCGAAGGAGGCCGGAUCCGAAGUCCAGCUGGUCUGGCUUGCCCUGAGAGGGCUUUGGAGUGGCCCCCGUGGAGGCAUCAAGGACAAAGAUUUGGUCACUUUGGAUCUGCAGAAGGGGGGCUGAAUGUUUUGGGGGUCUCUCUGAGAAGCAGAUAAGAACUGAGGGCUCCUCCCCCACAAAUGAUUGCGUCACACACACGCUGUUCUUCACCCAGGUUCCUGGGCUCCCAGGCCCUGGAAGCCCGGUCUUGCUCUCCUGCCCAGCCGAUCAUUUGUGGCUGGAGGCAGCACCACAUAAGUCCCGGGCUCUCAGCACACCCUGGAACUCCAUCUCCAGAAACCCCUGAUCAAGCCCUGACCUUGGUCAGCAAGGAUGGGGGCAAGGCAGGACCACUCCCCACCCAGCCGUCCCUGCUCCAGGAAAGCAGCCUCUAGCCGUGCCUGGUGUUGCUGCUGCCGACAGCUCAGGGUGGAGGCGAGCAGAUCCCUCCAACCAUGCUCACAGUGCAGACUUGCCUGCUGGCAGCAGGGGCUGGGCUGCGGGGGCUGCCCCCUGGGUGGGCCGCAGGCCGACCACAGGUCCUGUGGUGUCCGAGUCUCCUAGAGCUGCUGCAACAAACGGCCUCAAGCUGGCAGCUUAAAACAACAGACAUGGACUCUCACAGCCCCAAAUCCGUAUCACUGGGGCCAAAUCAAGGCGGUGGCAGGCUGUGCUCCCUCCGCAGGCUCUAGGGGAGGGUCUGUCCUGGUGGCGCCAGAGUUCCUUGCCUUGUGGCCCCAUCGCUGAAUCUCUGCCUCCACGGUCACAUGGUCUUCUCUGUGUCAAACCUCCCUCUGCCUCCCUCUUGCAAGGAUACCUGUGAUUGCACUGAAAGCCGACCUGGAUAAACCUGGACCGUCUCAUCUCUAGAUCCUUCCUUUAGUCACCUUUGCCAAACCCUUUCUUGCCACCCAGGUCACAUCACAGGUU